AUGACAGAUGCAUCCAAACUUGAUCAUUUAUAUCAUGGAUUAAAACCGUCAUUAAUGAAAGACGUAUUACAUCGUCUCGUUAAUACAUCUAUUAAACAACCACAUGAUAAUGAUACACAAGCAAUAAAUUACUCCAAUAGUUCAUUGUAUCGAUCUUCACAACCGGCUGAAGCUAUACGUCAUCCAAACUCAUCCAAUAUGUAUUCUGGAGGUUAUUCUACAAACGGAUAUUCACCUCGGCCGGUAUAUAAUCGUUUUCCUAAUCAAUCAUCACCACGUUAUCCAUCACAAGCUCAACCAUCUUCGUUUAAUGCAUUACAUUACCAAUCACGUCCUUUACGAUGUUAUCUAUGCAAUAAACUGGGUCAUUUUGCUCGUGAUUGCCGAUCUGCAAAAAACUACUAA